AUGUUAUCCGCAAAUCUGAAAUUUUCUUAUUCGAAUUUAACCUCAUUUUUUCUUUUAUUUUUAGGGUUCCUGCUCGCCGUACUUGGCGCUACUUCAGCCAUCGACCCAAUUUAUGAUUCAGAAGGAAAUGAAGUAAUUAGUAGAGGAACAGUUGCAGCUGGAUAUCAAAAUUUUUUUAUUUGUAUGUUUUUUGCUUCAAUUGCUUUACGGUUCGCUUUUGACGCAUCAGCAUAUAUGGAUGCACAUACAAUAAAUUCUGGUGAAGAACCACGAGCCAUGACUCUUCAAAGUAUUUCUAGUUCGUUGAAGGAAACAAUGAAUCCACGUGACAUAAUGCAAGAUGCCAUACACAACUUCCACCCUCAGUAUCAACAAUACACACAGCAUUCGAACCCUUCACGUUCGGUGAGUUAA